AUGAAAAAAAAAUACUGGAUUUGUACAACGAGUGGCUGCAAGAUCUUUAUUCAUACAGACAUAAACAAUAACUAUUUAUCUGGUGGUAAAAAUGAACAUAAACAUGCUGCUAAUCCAGAAUUACUUGAAGUUCAUCAAACACGUCAACAAAUAAAACGACGAGUUAUAAAUGAGUUAACACCAAUAGGAGCUGUUUAUGACGAGGAAAUGUCGAAAGCAUCUAUGAGUUCAACAGCUAUUGCUAUAUUUCCAACGGUGCACGAAAUUUACCAAGGUUUUGCGAAGACUCGACGAAAAGCAAUGCCAGCUCCUCCACAGUCAUGUAUAUUGGACAUUCCCAAACAAUACACAUUGACAAUUGACAAGAAAAGAUUUUUAUUAUUUGAUGAAG